AUGAGGUUUAAUUGUUCUUUUUCAAUUUGUGUUGUACUCUUUGCGUACUUUGUAGUACCUCUCAUACUCUACUUCCCCCAUGCAAUUGCAACUACGGCUUCAGCCGGUGGUGGUGGUGGUUUCAAGAUACCGGUGAGUGACGGACCUACGGUAAAGAAAAGUUUGAGGUGGCCUUUAGUGUCGUCGGAGUUUGGUGAAAUCUCAGCCGUUAGGAUUAAUGAUGGGAGAAAUGGGUGCUACUACCUCCAUUUUAUUACCAUGGAGCCUCGCGCUUUGUUCCUGCCUGUUUAUCUUAAAUCAGAAAUGGUUUUCUAUGUCAACUCAGGCAGUGGAACCCUGAGUUGGAUCGACGUCGAGAAAUAUGACGAUAAAGUCCAGCAAGUGAAGUUGCAUAAUGGGGACAUCUACAGACUCACUCCUGGAACUGUUUUUUACUUGCAAAACAGCAUAAGAGACUCCAAGCACCAAUUACCGUUCCAAGAUCAGCCACAGAAACUUCAGAUUUACGCCAUUUUUUCCGAUUCAACCGACGAGCUACGACAUGAACAAUUUGAUGGAGCAUAUGUUGGUGUUCAAGAUCUGGUGCUAGGGUUUGACAACAAAGUCCUUCAAGAAACCCUCAGUGUGCCGGAGGAGGUGAUAGAGGAGCUAAGAGGAGGAGAAAGGCAACCACUAAUUGUGGAAGGACAACCGAAAGCAAAUGGCUCGAUAUGGGAAUUUGACACUACUCAGGUUAUCCGAACCCUUUUCCAAACAAAGAACGAUGACGACACCUUGGACGUCAAAAACGAUAAGGAGCCAUACAAUAUUUACAAGGCUGAUCAUGAUGUCGAAAAUUGCUACGGAUGGUGUGUAACCGUGACCAAGAAACAACUGGAUGUGUUAAAAGACUCCCUUUUUGGUGUAGUCAUGGUGAAUCUAACCAAGGGAGUGAUGAUGGGACCGCAUUGGAAUCCAAGUACUGCGGAAGUAGCGAUCGUAGUGCAUGGACAAGCAAUGAUUCAAGUGGUUUGUCCUAGCCUUGAGAAGGAAACAAUGUGCCAGAACUCAAAAUUCAAAGUUGAAGAAGGCGAUGUGUUUCUGGUGCCAAAGUAUCAUCCGAUGACUCAAAUAUCGUUCAAUAAUGACUCAUUUGUCUUCAUGGGGUUCACCUCCAACUUAGAAAAGAACAAUCCUCAAUAUCUAGCAGGGCAAUCGUCGAUUUUCAAAAUGUUGGAUAAAUGGGUGUUGGCAAAGUCUUUUGAUGUGAGCAACAUGACAAUUGAUCGAGUUUUGUUGGCUCAAAGAAAAUCAAUCAUCUUAGAAUGCACAUCGUGUGCUGAGUCCAUGGAAGAAGAAACCACCGGAGGAGAAGGAGAAACCACCGGAGGAGGAGGAGAAGGAGGAGGAGGAAGAGGUUGGGAAGGAGAACCUUCUAGAAAGGAAGAGAUGGAAAAGGAAGGAGAAUCAGGUAAAAGGGAAGAGGAAGAGAUAGGGUGGGAAGGAGAAACCACAGGAGGAGGAGGAGGAGGAGGAGGAGGAGAACUUUCAAGAACAGAAGAGAUGGAAAGGGAAGGAGAAUCGGGGGAAAGGGAAGAGGAAGAGAUGGGAUGGGAAGGAGAAAUGGCGGGAAAUAAGGAGGAAGAGAUGAGGAGGAGGGAGAGAGAGGCUGAGGCUGAGGCAGCGGCUAGGGGAGGAGGCGGCGGCAUGCAGCGUCGUUAA